UUCGGUCCUUGACGGGCGUUCAUGACAGAUCAGCUGAAGUAGAUGGUCAGUGUCUGUCUGACUGUCUGUCUGUGUCUGUCUGACUGUCUGUGUGCGUGUGUGUGACUGAGUGAGGGGCUGAAUUUCUCUGUAAACCAAGAAGAGCGAGGAGGGAAAUGAGUGUUUCCAGCAUGAGAAGACAAAGACAUUGACUAAAACAAACGGACAAACGAUGAAGUGAAAACUCCGACUACGACUCGUCAUGGCGAUAAGGGAGCUCAAAGUUUGUCUCUUAGGUGACACUGGAGUGGGCAAAUCCAGCAUCGUUUGCCGCUUCGUUCAGGAUCGUUUUGACCACAACAUUAGCCCCACAAUAGGGGCGUCAUUCCUGACUAAGACGGUACCAUGUGGUAACGAACUCCACAAAUUUCUCAUCUGGGACACAGCAGGACAGGAGCGGUUUCACUCAUUAGCUCCCAUGUACUACAGAGGAUCAGCUGCUGCUGUCAUUGUCUAUGACAUAACUAAACUGGACUCUUUCCAGACACUGAAGAAGUGGGUGAAGGAGCUGAAGGAGCACGGCCCAGAGGACAUUGUUGUAGCCAUAGCGGGAAACAAAAAUGAUUUAGGAGACAUCAGGGAAGUUCCAAUGAAGGAAGCUAAGGAGUUUGCUGAAUCAAUCGCGGCUAUUUUCAUCGAGACGAGUGCCAGACAUGCCGUCAACAUUGAGGAGCUCUUUCAGAAAAUCAGUAAACAAAUCCCGCCGCUGGAAAACCCCGAGGUGGACAGCAACGAGUCUUUUCAGCUCAGCCGGCAGCCAGCCUCGUCGUCCAGGAGAUGCUGCUAGUCGUGCCAUCUUAACUAAGUCCACAUGCACACACUGUCGCGCUCCAGGCUGAGACGACACAGUGGACGGACAGAUGUCAGCUUGCACAUAUGUAUUUGGUCACCUGCGGCAUGAAGCAGUAUUCUAGAGCUCAGUGGGUUUUCAUUUCAGUCAGUGGUGGCAGAUGGAGGAGUGGUCAAGUUUGGAAGCGGGAAGUUUUGAGUUUGUCUCCCUCUGGUGGUAUUUAGCCUGAAUUACAUUAAGAUUUCCAUUAAAAAUCAAUACACUUGAAUCCUGGCGUCUAUGCUAUAGUAACUGAACUUGAGCACCAAUUAUUAUAUUGUUGAUACAUUUUUUAAUAUUAGUUAUGUUUAUCUUUUCAAACGAGAGGCUGAUGGGAUCAUGCUGUGCAGCUUAAACGCAGGAGAUGUGUUUUCAUCAUGUGUUGAGUUGAAAGCACUGCUGCACAUUAACCGCCCUGUUGAAACACUGUGACCAAUACGAGAAUUGUUUACAUGGUUUUUGUUUUCUAUGUGCUGAAAUGUACUGUCUGAGAUUUCACUACAGGGAAAGACUGUAGACAACUGUCCAUCACAACAAGUAUUUUUUAUCUGGACAAGAAAGUUACGUUAUGAAGUGAGCAGGCUUGCAUGUAUUUUACUUGUCUCUACAUACUAACCAAACUUUAAAAGAAAAUGUUACCGCGACAACAGAAAAGUCAUCGAAAACUUCUGGCAUAUAAUGUGGAUUCAUAUUCCCGGGAACAGACCUCCACCAAGGCUCAAAACACAUCCCGCCGCCGGAAAUGUUUACAUUUAGCUGUUACCGUCUUCCAUUGACAUGACACAAUUCAUCCCGAUGUGUUUACAUGUCGCUGAGAUCUACACGACUGAAGCAUACACAAACCAAAUUUUAUUCAAAUCCAAUGAGAUUUUAUAGCCAUAUGAUUGUUUUGGGAUUUUUUUCAAUAGGUUUUCCCAUUUUUAAGAAAUAGGAAUUUCUUUUAAAUGUGAUACAUUUUUGUGAUGCCAUCAGUGGCUAGAAUCUUGAUCACCUCCCCAUCCAUCAGAAACCUAAGCCAAUGCUAAUCCACGUCGGUAAUUAGCCACAAGCUAACUUUGACGAAAUGUAUUGCAAAUUGUCAGAAUCAACAAUUCACAAUAAAGAAAAUAUACAUGUUUACAUUUUCUCAUCCUGUAUCCACGUCUGUGGGUUAGUGGAGCUUCGUUUUUCAUAAUGCAGUGAAAUCUUUUUGCAAAUAAUUACUGAUCUGAAUCUCCAUACAGGAAGUCUUACUGCACAUCCUCUCCUGAGUGUCGUAUGAGCUGUGGAUCAUUUUGUGUCUCACAGUUGAAGGAUGUGAUUGAUUAAGAAUGGAAUGAUGGGCUGUCAUUAUAGUUUCCCAGCUGCAUAAAACGUUGUAUCAGAUUUUACCAGCAUGAUUUUACAUCCAUAUGAGAGAAGACGUCAGUGUUGUCACUUCUAACAAGUAUAAGUGCCUUUGUUGUGUUUUUUAAAGACAUUACAUGGCUAAAAAAGUGCAUACUGCUAGAAUCGUGCAUGCCUAACUAGUCUAAAUCUGUACAUAUAGCAGUUUGCUGCGGUGACCCUGUUACACACUGUGUGCCUUAUGUCAUGCGCCCCUGCAUUGUCUGUGGACCCAUUUAACUUCUGUAUAUUCAUCAAUGUAAUAAACUUGUACAUCUA